AUGUCCACGACAACAACCAUCGAAGCUCCACAGCUCUCCUACGUCCAGGUUCCCGAAACGUCAGAGAACCUCGACUGGGCCGACCUGCGAACCCUCGACCUCAGCAAAUUCGACCAACCAGGCGGGAAACAAGAGUUGGCUGCUGAGUUUACGCAGGCCAUCGAGGAUGUCGGCUUCUUCUACGUAACAAACUACGGGCUAAGCAAAUCCGACAUCGACACGCAAUUCGCAAUCGCAAAAUCCGUCCUCUCCCUGCCCACCGAGGAAAAACAGAAAUACCGCGCGGCGCUGGAGCAGGGCGACUAUAAUGGCUGGAAGCCCGCGGGGAUCCGCACCCUCGUCCCCGGCGUGAAGGAUAACUUUGAGAUCUACAACAUCCCGAAGUUCACGCCUGAGCACGCGGAUCGCAAGCACCCGGAUAUUGUCCGCGAGCAGUGGGUUGCCAUCGAGAAAUUCUCGAGACAUAUUCAUGAGCAGAUUGUCAAGAAGUUACUUACGAUCUUUGCAAUUGCGUUGGGGCUUGAGGAUGAACACUGGCUUGUUAAUAAGCAUCGGUAUGAGCAGACCUCGGGCGAUCAUCUGCGCUACAUGAAAUAUUAUGCGCGGAGUCAGGAGGAAAAUGACAAGCUUGGGGGCGUGUGGUUGAAGGGACACUCCGACAUGGGCAGUCUCACGCUCCUCUUUCGUCAGCCGGUUGCUGCGCUGCAGGUUCUCACCAAGAGCGGCGAGUGGAAGUACGUGCGACCGCAGAUGGAUGCUCUUACGGUCAAUAUUGCCGAUGCCCUUCAAUUCAUGACGAACGGCUACCUCAAAUCGAGCAUCCACCGGGUUGUCGCCCCGCCAAAGGACCAAGCGCACAUCGACCGACUGGGUGUGCUGUACAUGGUCCGCAUCGAGGACGAUUGUGACCUUGUUCCAAUCCAGGAGUCACCUGUUCUGCGGAAACAUGGAUUGAUUGAGAACAAAAUUGUGGGGAGUGAUGGGCAGCCGCUGAAGGCCGGCGAGUGGGUUAAGCAGCGGGUGAUUAAGAAUCUUGGAGAGUCGACGGCGAAGGAGGGUGAUAAUGAGGUUAAUGAUGUGGAGAUCCUGAAGGGGGUUAAGGUGACAUACUAUGAUUAGCUUAUUGAUGUAGUUUAUGAGA